CAAAAAUUAAAGACCUAACGCCUUUGAAGGACAAUCCGCGCAAAAAAUGAUAAAAUAUCCGUGACAUUGACACCAUUGCGUUUUCAAAAAAGCUAAAGCCAACUAAAAGCACUUUAAAGUUCAACCUUUUUUUUGUUUCCCAAGGAGAAAGUCACCUCUCAAUGGCACCUACACAGCAAAUUCAGGUGCUUGAAUGUUGCCAAGUCUCUCCACCAACAGGUUCAGUUCCGUCAACUAUUUUGCCAUUGACAUUCUUGGACAUACCUUGGCUUAAUUUUUUACCAAGUCAACCACUUUUUUUCUAUGAUUUCCCUCACACAACUUCAUAUUUCAAUCAAACUAUCUUGUCCAACUUUAAGAUUUCACUAUCUUCAACACUCCAAUAUUAUUUCCCUUUAGCAGGCAAUUUAAUAAUUCCACCACAACCAAACAAGCCACAAAUUAGCUAUACCUCAGGGGAUUCAGUUUCAUUAACCAUAGCAGAGUCCACAGGUGAUUAUAACCAUCUUUUAAGCUACCAUAAAAAGAGUGUUCAAGAUUUUCACCAAUUAGUCCCUCAACUACCACAAAUUAGUGAUUUGGUACAUGUGGACCAAGAGUUAAAGUACUCACUUUUGGCUGUACAAAUAACUAUAUUUCCUGAAUGUGGAGUUUCUAUUGGAUUCUCUAAACGUCACGUGGUGGCUGAUGAAAGAACAUUCAACAACUUCUUGAAGACGUGGGCUGCUAUUUUUAGAAAUGGACUAGAGUUGCACUUGCCUGUAUUGAACAAGAAUUUGCCAUACUAUGAUAGGUCAGUAAUUUAUGAUACUAAUGGAGUUGAAUCAAUCCUGUGGAACCAAUGGUGUAACCAAAAAAGUGUACCAAAAUUGGAUCCUGACAAUUUUAGUGACAUGGUAAGGUCCACUUUUGUAAUGGGUCGACCCGAAAUGGAGGUUAUCAGAGGGUGGAUCAUGUCGCUGUCCAAGAAACUAUUUGGGUCAGCCCAAUUACUUCUUUCACCCUACGUGGUAACAUGUUCAUUUAUUUGGGUGUGUUGGUUGAAAGCCAACAUGAACUAUAUUGAAGAUCCAAAUGAAAAAAUGGAGCCCCGUUAUUUCGGUUUCAUAGCGGGUGGUAUAACCCGGUUGGGUUACCCGGUUCCUAUAAAUUAUGUAGGCAAUUGCAUUGCAUUUGGUAGAGCAAUGGCUAGGACAAAUGAAUUAUUAGGAGAAAAUGGUAUAGUAUUUGCUGCAAAGGCAAUUGGUGAUACAAUAAAAGAAUUGAAUGAGGAUGCGCUGGGUGGGUCAGAAAAUUGGAUAUUGGAUUGGAAGGUAUUCCAUGAGCCGGGGCUCCACAUAAAUGUAACCGGGUCACCAAAAGUGGAUCUUUACACCUUAGAUUUUGGGUGGGGCAGACCCAAGAAAAUUGAAGAAAUAUCAAUUGAUAAAACAAGUGGGGUGUCUCUAUGUGAAAGUAGAGAUAUGAUUGGUGGAAUAGAGAUUGGUUUGGCUCUUCCAUUGGUUAAAAUGGAAGCCUUUCAUGUAUUCUAUAUUGAAGGUCUCAAAAAUCUUCAUUAAUUCCUCUUCCAUUUCACACAAGACACUCGAAUUAUUUUUAAUAAAUGUGGCUCUAAAUUUUGCUUAUUUUGUCGAGUGCUUAGUUGUCAUAUUUGGUUUUCGUAUUAAUAAAACAAGAAUUAGUCAUUAGAUAAUUUCUAUGUUAUUUUAUGUCACAUUCAUUAAGGAAUAACAAUACACAUACUAUAAGUUAUAGCUACACAA